UGCUUUUGAAGCACCAUCUGGUACAAACUUAGAGCACAGUAUCACAGUAUACCUAUUAUUACUUAUUACUCCUUUGAACGGAAAUAUAGGUUCCCACGUGCUUCAACUUCAACGCACAUCUGAAUAAUUUUAAAAACGUUCAUGAACCAAGAUGAUAACGAGUUCAUGAGAUAAUAUAUUAUGCUCGCGUGCAAUUUUUAUAUUAAAAUUGAUAUAUUAAAUGCGUAAUGUAAUUUUCCUGUUCCUACGUAUAAUUCAUAUUUAAUCUGUAAAAGAUGCUCUAUAAAUAUCUGUAUAAACGUUUUUUAAACAACGGGACACAUUUUUAUGCACGUAGAACUAAUUCGAUAUCGGUUCGAAAUUCCGUGCACAGUAGGCCUGCUGUGAUUUUAGGAAUAGAAUCAAGUUGCGACGAUACAGGUUGUGGAAUUGUUAACAGUGAUGGAAUCGUCAUAGGUGAAGCACUUACCUCUCAACAGCUUACUCACUUAAAUUUCGGUGGGAUAAUUCCCACAUUUGCAAGAUUGUUGCAUACAAGCAACGUUACUAAGACUUGCGAGGAUGCACUAAGAGCUGCUAACAUGAAAUUAAGAGACGUUGAUGCUAUAGCUACAACUGUAAAACCUGGGCUUCCUAUGUCUCUUAAAAUCGGCACAGAGUUUGGGAAGUAUCUGUCAAAAAUUGCAGGGAAACCUUUUAUACCUAUACAUCAUAUGGAAGCCCAUGCUUUAACAGUUAGAAUGAAAGAGAAGGUUGAAUUUCCAUACCUCGUUCUCUUGGUAUCGGGAGGUCACUGCUUAUUAGGAAUUGUUAAGAAUGUAGAUAAAUUUUAUUUACUUGGUAGUAGCAUAAAUAAUUCACCUGGAGAACUUUUUGACAAGGUUGCUAGGAGAAUGAAGCUAAGAAAUAUUCCAGAGCUUAGUAAAUUAAAUGGAGGAUUGGCUGUGGAAACAGCGGCGAGUAAAGCAACGAAUAUCGAUCAAUUUUUAUUUCCGCCUGUAAUGACUAAAUAUCGUGAUUGUAACUUCAGCUUUGCUGGCGUAAUGUCUCGUUGUAACUUGUAUGUAGAAUUGGAAGAGAAACAGCAUGACAUAAUUGCCGAUAUGGUGAUCCCUAAUGUAUAUAAUUUAUGUGCCGCGGUCCAGUUAGGUGUUACGAUACAUAUUUGUCAGAGAACUCAAAGGGCAAUAGAAUUUAUUAAGAAACUGUCACUAAUUCCUGAAGAUAGACGUACAUUGGUUGUAUCUGGAGGAGUUGCCUGCAAUAAUUUUCUAGCUAAGGCAUUAGAUAUUCUGUGUACAGAACUCGGUUACAACUUCGUAAGAACUCCUCCUAAAUUAUGUACUGAUAAUGGAGUGAUGAUAGCGUGGAAUGGAGUAGAGAAAUGGAUGGCAAAUGUAGAUGUUAUCCGAGAUCCUAAUGAAAUUGAAAAGAUACAAGUAGAAAAGCGAUGUCCAUUUGGAGAAAGUUGGAUUGAAAGAGUGCAAGAAGCGAAUUUAAAGUGUGAAUGGGUGAAUAUUAAGAAAAAACUCGCUAUUUAAAAUAAACAAAUAAUAUUUUUAUACAUAUCCUAGUAUAUACAAUUCUUGAUUUCCUUUUUGAUUAAAUGAGCGUUGGUGCAUACUGUUUG